ACUCAAAAUUGUUACCGUCCAUUGUGAAGCAAAGACAAGCUCUGACGUUUGGAGGCAAUCUUUUAACAAAAGCUGGUGGACAAAAAGAAAGACAAAAAACCGCUUUGUAACACUUGGAUGCUUAUCUACGAAAGGUGCUUGAUUUAUCUAUUCUAAUAGCGCAUCGGUCCCUGAAAGAUUUUCUUGUAAUACCUGCUUAGUAGUGAAAGUGAGAGUCAGAGGUUUAGAUACACUCGGCUGCCAGAUCACUUUUGGAUUCGCUUCAGAACAGAUCGCUAUUCCCAUCGCGUUCAAGCAAGGAAUAAUUUUUACUUUAUAUUAUCAGCAACUGUGAAAAUAAACCAUCACCAUGUUCGCUAGGUUAGCACAGCGCGCAUUCUCCGUUUCGGCCAGGAGUUCGGCAAACCUUCUCGGAGUCGCGUCAUCGGAGGCGACGUCGAUGACCACCACGGGCCGCAUCGGCAGGUGUUUGAGGAAAUCGCUGUUGAGGAAUUUCCCAGAAGACGAUCUGCUUAGCUGCUUCGACAACAUGAGUAUACAGAAGAGAUAUUUGGGAACGUCUGCGAUGAAGACAACACCGGUUGUUCCUCAGCUUCAAGUCUCAGCAGACGACUAUGAAGUUGACCCCGAACUCGUUACAAGGUACGUUGUCCGGCCGUCGGAGAUCGACGACUGCGGCGACAUCCUGAAGCUGGUACGAGGGCUCGCGGAGUGGGAGGGGACCAUUGACCAGGUCGAAAUCACCGAGGAAGAUCUGAAAAAAGACGGCUUCGGAUCGAACCCUUGCUACCAGUGUGUCUUGCUCGAGGCUUUUGAAGAUGAUGGUGACCACAGUGUCAUAGGCUAUGCCAUGUUUAGUGGGGGCUACUGCGCAUGGAAGGGGCGCACCAUCACGUGGGAAGACCUUUUCAUUCAUCAUGAUUAUAGAGCAAAAGGACUUGGGGCUGUACUACUCCAUGAAGUAUGUAAGAUGGGUUACCUGGACGGCUGCAAGUACAUCAGCGGCUACGUCGAUAUCGAGAAUGAUCGGGCAAAGCAGUGGUACGAAGACAUCGGAUUCGAAAACCAGACUCAGAAACAUGGCUACAACAUCAUGUCCAUGGCCGGCAACUCGCUGCAACAUUACGUCACCGACCACAAACCCAUCGAGAAGCUUGGAAGGAGAGGCGUGCAUGUUUCGUCGCUUGUUACAAAUUGAGUUUAUAAGUUCUUAUGUAUUACUGAUUUUAAAGACAACAUUGAGUUUGUUUUUCAAUGUGCAAUAUUACAAGUAUUAUGUUUUCAACUGUAUAUAUAUUAUAUCAAUGAAGUAGUUAACGUGUCAUGUGGUCUCGGUUGUUUCUGAUUUAGUUUGAAAGAAGAGCACGCAUUAUACAGGUGAUGAGAAAUAUUCCUGUAUAACUUUAUUUGUUAGCAUAUUGUAUUCUGAUAUCAAUAACACUUCUUUGCCAACACGUAAUGCUGAUAGUAAUACCGCGUCGAGUAUUAUUUCAAAA